AUGUCGCGGCAAAAUGGUUUCCCGGUUGCGGAAAAAUCGGAUUCUGACCAGAGCAUUUCUGAUGAGGAAGAUUUCGACGUCGAUUUGGGGGAGAAUCGUGUUUCUUUGACUGGGAGUACAAAGAAAGAGGAAGGAUGGGAACUUCAAUCACGACUGGAUAUGCUUCGAGAUGAGGCUGAGAUGCCUGAUUUUCCUAGUAAGGGUGGUUUCUUUUUUUCCCCAAGCAAAGGAUCUGCUCGUAACUCAAAAGAUGAAGUUGCCUGUGAUGAUGAGGAUAAUUAUGCUUUUUUAGAAUAUCCCAUUAUCUCUAGUGACAAGAAGUUUGAUAAAGAUAAUAGUCGUCGAGGAUUUGGAAGCGAGAAGCAAGCUGAAGCAUACACAUGGUCCAUCGUGAAUAAGGAAGCUGAGACACUAAUCAGUUUGAAUGAGAAUGCACUGUCUUCCCAUUCUGCAUACUCCAAAGCAAACAAAUCUCACAAAGGAAAUGCCCAGCUUGUGUAUGUUGAGUUGCUAGGGAGGAUGGGUAUGCAUUUGCUUAUAAACCUGGACUAUGCUGCAUCACGUGUAAGAGGCAAAGCCAAGCCAAAAUUUGCUUUUCAUUUUCAAUCACACAAGGAUGGACUUUCCCAACCUUUUGUUUCUAAAGAUGCUGUCUCAUCCAUGGUUGAUGAUGGGCCUGAAAGAUCUGAAACAAUUGAGCUUAAAAUUUUAGAAGAGAUUGAGCCUGCUGAAGAUGAUGCUCUUGGCGAUGGCUUUGUUGACCAUUCAAUGGCUGAACUUUUAGAUGACCUUCGCGAUAAGAAUAUUCUUCCAAGAGGAAAUUCUAAAAUGGUUAGCAUUCUUCUAUUCAUUGAUGAUGAAGAUCAACCUGAGCCGAUGGCUGGAUCAUCUAGUGAUGACAAGAUUAAUUAUCAAAACAUAAACUUUGCUGACCUGGAGAUAAAGAAGCAAACUAUGGCUGAUCUCAUUCAUGAAGCUUUAGCUGCUUCCUCUGUGAGUAAUGAAGGGGUCUUUAUCACAGCAGCUAAACCAUCAGGCAUUGGGUUGUCUGGGAAGUUGCAGCGGGUCGUUCAGAGUGAAAAGGAAAGAGACACUGAGUUUCUGAAAAAGCUACAGAUAGGAGCCAGCCCAAACAGUGAACCGUGCUCCAUUGUUGUAAAGAUCUUGUCGAGAUACUUUGAUGCAAAGCUGAUAGUUUGUCACUGCACUUUUGGCGAGAAUAUAAAGGGCUCCAAGUCACCAGAGAGCUCCAAAACAUUUGUUGAUAGCGGAAGAACUAGGACUGUUAUUUUUACUCCAAGAGUUUGCAGCAGUGUUGACCUUGACCCAGAGAGAAUGAAGAAUAAGCCCCUGGAGAUAACUAUAAUCUCCGGAGUAGGCCUAAAGAAGGUCGAACACCUUUCUAAAAUGAACGUCUAUGUAGUUGCUAUUAUCUCCAGCGACCCUACCACCGAGCAAAAAACAGCCAUAGACAGAUACGCGGUUAGUCUGGAAAACAGAGGGGAACCCAAUGUACCCUACAACACCUUAUUCGCCUUCAAGGUAUCCUCGGUAGGGUAUAUAUCAACCACCAGAAAACGCAGGAGGAUACGGUAA